AUGUCGCACCGGUUGCGGUGGCGCAAGAGCGACGCCGAAUUGGCGUUGAUAAAAAACAGUGUAGAUUUAGACGUACAGGCGUUCGUGAAAGCGUUUCAGACGAGUCGCGCGGGAGCGACCGAGGCAGACGUCAUGGCGCAGCACGAGGCGGCGUGUAGAAUCGGUGGCGCCGACCGUUUGGCGUAUCCAUCCGUCGUGGGUUCGGGCGCGGGCGCGUGCGUCGUGCACUACCAUCAGAACGAUAAAAUGCUCGAGGAUGGAGAUUUACUGUUAAUGGACGCGGGAUGCGAGCUCAACGGUUACGUGAGCGACAUCACGCGCACUUGGCCCAUAAGCGGGCGGUGGACGCAGGCGCAGCUCGACGUGUACUCGGUCGUCCUCGAGGCGCACGACGCGUGUCUGCGCGCCGCGCGCGUGGACGGCGAGACCUCACUCAUGGAUAUCCAUCGGCUCUCCAUCGACGUUCUCGCCAACGGUCUCGCCAAGCUCUUACCCAAUACCUCCGCCCGCGCGCUGAUUCGCUCGGGCGAGUACGCCAAAUAUUACCCCCACUCCGUCGGUCACUGGUUCGGCGCCGACACCCACGACGUCCCAUCCGUCGCCGUGUCCACCCCGUUCGAGCGCAACGUCGCCUUCACCAUCGAACCAGGUUUAUAUUUCUCCCCCCACGACCUCGACGUCCCCGCCGAUCUCCGCGGAAUCGGCGUUCGCAUCGAAGACGACUGCGUCGUCGACGCGAACGGUGCCGUCGUCGCUCUCAGCGCCGCGCUCCCCACCGAUCCCGACGCCGUCGCCGCGCUCGCUUCUUCCACGUUUUUCCGCCCCGUGUAA